AGGGAUAUUGAAAGAAGUAGUCCGGGGUUUAUUUGUUUUGCUGAGUCUGGCGGAUGUGGGUGAUCCAGGGGGAGGGGGUGAGGUGGUUAAGAUGGCGGCGCCCUGUGGAAUGUCGACUCGGUGAGAGCGCUACCCUGCUAGUCAGCAGUCAGGGUUGAGUUGGUUUAGAGCUGGUUUGGGUUGAAGCUGCUGCCUAGGUUUGGGUUGAGGAAACUGGCCACGUGAAGUAUGCACAGCAUGGCACAGCAGGUAAACGUUAGCGAUUUGGUUCCACUGCUGGAAACCACGGACCUGCAGGUUCUCGAGGAAGUGAAAGGGAUGGUCACGGACAACCUCCGCUCAGACCGUGGCCCCUUGCUGCUGAACGCAUUGGUGGAUCAUUACUUGGAAAAUAAUUCUGCAUUAGCUGUACAGAUUCUUUCAGCUGUACAGGAACCCCAUGAUAAGCAUCUUCUGGACCGACUAAAUGAAUGCAUGGGAAAAGCAGCCACCCGGCAAUCUGCCGUGACUUUACUGGGUCAUGUAAUCCGACGUGAGCCAACUUGGAUUCAUAAACUCUUUCGUGCACCUGUGCUGGUUUCAUUACUCAAGUGUCUGAAGACAGAAACCGAGAUUGUUGUCCUCACUACUGGAGUCCUUGUGUUAAUCAUCCUCCUGCCAAUGAUUCCACAAGCUGGGAAGCAGUAUCUCCUCGAUUUCUUUGAAAUCUUUGGCCGGUUAGCUGCCUGGAACCUACGAAAGCCAGGCCAAGUGCCAGAAGUAUAUCUGAUCCACCUACACGCCAGUGUUUAUGCAUUAUUUCACCGUCUCUAUGGGAUGUACCCGUGCAAUUUUGUGUCCUACCUCCGCUCCCACUACAGUAUGAAGGAAAACAUGGAAACUUUUGAGGAGGUGGUAAAGCCGAUGCUGGAACACGUGCGAAUCCACCCCGAGCUAGUGACUGGAACCAAGGACCAUGAACUGGAUCCCAUUAAGUGGAAGCGAUUUGAAACUCACGACAUUGUCAUAGAAUGUGCCAAAGUUUCCCUGGACCCAAAGGAGGCAUCAUGUGAGGAGGGUUACACAGUCAUGCCUAAGCACUUCUCUACGCAUACACAGCAUAAGCACACAGACCACAGCUCCAGCCCGUUCUCAGAUUCUCAGAGCAGCUUUGGAAGUGCAUCUUCUGCAUCUUACACACCCAGGACCCCCUUCUCCAGUCUCCCAGGAACCCAGCCUCGGUACAAGACGCCACCAACCUUGCAACGUCUCCCUACAGAUGGGAUCCAGGACAUGCUCUGGAGCCCAUCAACCACCUGUGGGCUGUCGACACCUCCCUCCUCCAGAGGACUUUCUCAUAGCCCAUCUGAAACAUCCCAGAGUGCCUCUUGCCUACACAGGGUUCACAGUACACCUGUUGGGAAAGGAUCGUCUACUGAAGCACCCACCCUCUCCCCUCCCCCUACGUGCUCUGCAGAUGAAUUUAUGCACAGUUCAUUUCAGGCAGCAGCACUGCCAAGGAAGGAUGGUAAACUGGACAGUGGAAAGCCAUUAAUCAAGCAGCGACACAUGACAAGUGAUAAAGGAACAGCUGACAGCCCGUGUGGGUUAGAGAAUGAGAACGUCAAAACGGUAUCCUUGAAAGAGCUGCCAGAGGUUAUAAAGGGUUUGAAUCUACAGGAUGGAAUGGAAAAAGAGAAUGAGGAAGCCGCUAUUGCUGAUGAACUUUCUGAAAUUACACCCGUGGAUCUGCAGUCCCUGGUUACUCGAGGAGGAUUCGACUCCCCAUUUCAGCACAGGACUGAAACACUCACUGGCCCUCAGAUGAAGCGUGAACAGGAAUUGUACUCUUCAGCCACUGAGCAGGGAAUAUGCCCUGAGCUCCAGCAAGCCCUACCUACAACUUGCAAAGCACCAGACCCUCACAUGCAAGAGCAGUGUCCUAUCAAGCAGGGGUUCAUGCCCAUUGACAAGCCAAAUGACAACUAUUCUGGAAGCCCAAUCAAGCAAGAGGUGCUCAAAACAGGGUCGACAAUAUUGGAGGUUUUUACACCCAACCCCCUGUUAAAGGUCCAGGCACUGAGGCACCCUCCACUUGGCAGUGGUCAUCCCUCCCCGUAUGAGCAUCUUUUUGAUUUGGCCUUGCCCAAGACGGCAAGUCUCUUCAUCAAACAGAAGACCUCUGAGCUGCAAAAGCUAGCAGGCAAGCAAUCGGAGGAUUCAUUGUCCCAGUCGUGUUCAUCGAUCUCACCCCUUGACGUGCUGGACAAGCUGAUUCAACAUGGGGGAGAUGCACAUGUGAAGGAGCUUAGCAGACUUUGCCCUGUGCACCCUGAGCCCCAAGGCCCAAGAAAAAUGGCCAGACUGCCUUUGCCCAGCAAAUCUGCAGACUGGACACACUUUGGAGGUUCUGUCCCCAUGGAUGAGCUGCAAAGGCUUCGGAAUCAACUAAUUUUACUGCACAACCAGCUACUAUAUGAACGCUACAAGCGAGAGCAGCAUGCCGUUCGAAAUAGACGUCUGCUGCGCAAAAUUCUCAAAGCGACUGCACUGGAAGAACAAAAUUUAGCUAUGAAGGACCAGCUGAAGCUCCAGGAGUUGGACAUUGGAUCUCUCAAGCACAGUUUAUUCAUCGAGCAGAACCAGUAUCGGCUACUGCGAGAAGAGAAAGAAUCCAUUGUCAGGCAUCUCAACAACCAGAUCGCAGAGCUACAGAAGGAGCGGGGUGACUAUCGUGCCAGCUGCCAGGAGCUACAGAAUAAACUGCAGGAUUGUCAAAAGAUGAUCGGGGAAUUGAAGCUGGAACUACAGGCGGCCAAUAACAAAGCAUGUAACACAGCAUAUCUGUUAAACCAGAUGACUGAGAAGUUCACCAGCACCCAGUCUGUACAGCAGCAAAUGGAAUGGCUGAACAAGCAGCUGCUGCUCCUGAGUGAAGUGAAUGAGCUGCAUAUGGAGAAACUGCGGCACUCUCAGAUGGGUUCCGCCAAGGCAGCAGAGGCAGAAAUGUUGCAGAUUUCUUUAGUCCGAGAGAGAGAGAAAAUGAAGCACCGCAUUCAGCAGCAAGUCCAGAGGGUGGAGGCAUCACAGCGCCGCAUAAUGGAACUGGAAAGCCAGCUGACUAAGAAAGAGCACCUUUUCCUUGAGCAAAAGAAAUAUCUGGAGAACGUCAAAAAUAUGGCUAGUGGAGAGCUGCAGGCAGCAGAAAGCCGCUAUGAAUCCCAGAAACGGAUAACACAAACUCUACAGUGUGAAAUCCUGGAACUCUACAGUAAGUUGGAACAGGCGGGACCUCCAGAGAAACCAGCGGCAGCAAAGGGAACACCUCGGCCUGUAGAGGACAAGUCUGAAAACAUUGGUGCCAUUUCUGACUCAUUCAAUAAGACCCCAGAUGGAGAGAGCAAAAGCCAACAAGCCAAGCCUCCUGUGGCCCCCAGCACCUCAACUGACCAGUCUCCCAACAGAAAGCCGCAACCAGCAACAACAGUUACUGAGGAGGUGGGCCAAGGCCAAGGUGCCUUGAGCGCAAACCUUCUGGAGCGGCCCACUGCCCCGAUCACAGUCGGCUCCUACCCCAGCUCCAAGAGUCUCCUCGGAAUGCGUGCCCGCGAGCUGUUCAGGAACAAGAGCGAAAGCCAGUGCGACAACGAGCGGCCUAAGAUGGACAGCCUCUUUGAAUCCCUCAAAACGGAAUGCAGUGUGGAGCUGGGUGGCUCUCUCGGCCCCUUGAAACUGCAGGUGCCCAGUCCAGAAAGUGUCAGGCAGCUCAGCAUAAUGGACUAUGAUGGAAUGCAUCAUGACCAGAAUUAAUUGGGGGAGUGGGUGGGGAAGAAAAGAAACUUAGUCAGUAUUAUUCUGAGCAGUUAAUGCCUGCUUUGCUUUGUAAGCAUGUCAUAAGUUUAUAACAAGGUACAAUCCAGUUAAGGGCCAUGUACUCCCUUCAGUGGAAUGUUCGUAUAUUUAAGAAGAAAAAAAAGCAAAAAAAAACUUGACAUCAAAUCCCUGUGUAACUGUGAACAAAUAAGUUGUCCUUCAUGUUUUGCACUACAUUAUGUUGUACGUAUGGUAUGUCUGUAGAUGAUGGCCACCCAGGUAUGAUGGAACAUCUGAUUGGAAUCUUUUAUACUCCCUCCCCUUCAAAUGCUUGCUGCUGACCCAAUCGGACUGCUCCUCUUCAGUUGGGAUGGAAGCAUGACCUUGAAGACGUUCAUCGUACAAGCAGACGAACUCUAUUGCGGUGUUCAAAAAAGAAAAAAGGCUGGACCAACUCCCCGCAGGAUCUUUGUAUCAGACUGUGUACUUUAAAUAAUGAAACAGUGCUGUGAUUUAAAACCCCCUUUACUUUGACCCCAACAUUUGCAGUCGCUGUUUUCCCCGAGCUGUGAUGAUUUGGACCCUUGAACUUGCUCACCAAUUGAAAUCAAGCCAGAGACUGGGGGCAGAACUGCUUGUGAAUUUGAGUGAGAGAGACUCUGACUCACCAUUUGAAGUGCGGUGGUGGUGUUCAGUGGUAUCUUGCCAAAUUUGUCUUUUUUUUUGGGGGGGUGCGGGUGGCCAGUGGGGGGA